AUGUGUUGCCAGUUCUCGAGUGGUUUGGCGUGGAUCCAAUUCAACGACGGACUUCAACACUUGGUCAUCGAAGACUUGAGGCCGACUUCCAUGUUCUUCGUCCUCCAAGCUUUCAUUGCCGUUUUUGAAACGCUGAUCGAGAGGCGAUUCUGUGUGCCGAGACGGCUAGAAGGGAAGGAGUUGCCAGUUGUGCUGAAUGGAGGGCAAGUGUCCACCGAUGCUACAUCGAUCCUCGAAUCUAGCGAUUUUCCUCUCAGGAACCGCAUUCGUCGGGAUGAUGGUUUCAAUGCCAGUGUUGUUUACAAUUAUGAACAACAUUGA